AGCCCAGCCCUGGGUGAGGAAUAUUCCUGGUGCUGGGGCACCACGGGCCCGUAUAACAUGCCACCUAUGUCUAUGUGUAAGCGGUUGUAUUUGCAUAAAUCCCUGGGUUUGGUUUCUAUGGAAUGGUUCUUUUAAAUAGGAUUGUAACUUCUCUCAUCUGCUGGUAUUCUGUCCCACAGUAAGAGCUGGGUGUUUAUUUCAUAAACACAUACUUAGCACCUUCCUGCGUUUAAAAAAGAUCUUAGUAGAUUAGAUGUUGAUGUUAAAUUUUUAUGGAAUCUCUUUCCUAGUAGCCAGUUUCCUGGAAGUCCUUGGCAUUCACAUUUGCUAUUGGUGGAGCUUUACUGGCAGGAAUGAAAUACUUCAAGAAAAAAAAGGAAGAAAUGCUGGAGAAGGAGAAGAAGCGGGCUCUUGGGAAGCCAUUGCUGGGAGGCCCUUUCUCACUUGUGGAUCACCAGGGACAGCCCCGGACUAACAAGGACUUCCUUGGCCAAUGGGUGUUAAUCUACUUUGGCUUCACGCACUGCCCUGAUAUCUGUCCAGAGGAACUGGAGAAAAUGAUUCUAGCCGUGGAUGAAAUCGACAAGAUCCCAUCUCUGCCAGAUGUGACUCCACUCUUCAUUACCAUUGACCCUGAGAGGGACACUGGAGAAGCCAUUGCCAGAUAUGUGAAAGAAUUUUCCCCCAAACUGGUUGGACUGACUGGUACCAAGGAGCAGAUUGAGCAGGUGGCAAGAGCCUAUCGUGUGUAUUACAGUUCAGGCCCCAAGGAUGAAGACAAUGACUACAUAGUGGAUCACACCAUUAUUAUGUACCUCAUUGGGCCAGAUGGAGACUUUGUGGACUACUAUGGCCAGAACAAGAAGAAUUCUGAGAUUGCCUCUUCUAUCGCUGCACACAUGAGACAGCAUAAGCCAGCUAAAAUAUAAGAGCUUCAAAGGAUGGUGCAAAAUCAAACUGUAAGGCAAACUCCAGUGGGACUGACACAUCUUUGCUUUCAACUGCACUGAACUUGUAAAACAGUGUCCUUAUGUCACGUUUCCUCUCCAAAUAAGGAAGGUAUCUUAUGUUGAUUUCUGUGAAAUGUAGCUGCUUUAUCAGAAAUUUGUACAUAACCCUUCACAUUUGGUGUAGUUGGCAGCAAUUACUAUGCUACAGAAUGAGAAACUUGUUUGGGACUCUUAUGUAGCACAGUUGGGAGCAAAGAAUGUACAUUUUUUACAGAACUAUUUUUCUUGACGAUACCUCUGCAUCAGUUUCAAGGUCUGUGUUUUGGCCAGAAAUAAGUAAGAACUGUUCUCCUCUUCAGGGAAGGCUGUUCCUGAUAUAAGUUGCAGACUCUGACAUACCAAAGGGCUCUUCCCUCUUUUCUGCAAUGCCUUUUGCUCUUGCACAGACACUUGCAAUGUUUGGUGUACAGUAAUGACCCUUAAUAACAGUCGUUUCCUGUGAUUUACUGGAGGGUGGAGAACUUUGAGGCACAUUCUUUUCCACUUGUGGGAGCAGGCCUGUACAGUGGUCUUGUGGCUUGAGCCCAGGAAUGCAGCAUCACUUGCAGGCAAGCUUUUCAGUGUCCUAAUGUAGUAUGGUGUUACUCUCAUUCGUAACGAAAUAGCUUAUGAGUUGGGGAUGGGUUUUCUUUGGAUGUAAUCAACCUUCAGCAGCUUUUUAGUCUGACAGUUCUGGUGCACUGAAUAAUGGAGUGGAGGAGUGAUGGGCAAUUGGUAUAUGUGACCAAAUCUGCAGACAUAGGGCUAUUGAUCAGGUAAAAUGUGUGGAAUUCUCUGAUUACAAAAUAAAGGAAUGACUCUUA